AUGCCUCGCUUGUUCCGCCGCUCGCAGCUUGCUGUGCAUAUCAAGCGAGCAAUUUGUCAGCAUCAUGUUAGCAACCCGCGCCCGCUCCAGGUCAACCUGGCAAAGUGCGCUUACCCCAAAUUGGAGCAAGCGAUGGUCCGCUGGAUCCGUAACGCUGGGUCGGCGGGCGUUCCUCUCAACCUGGCAACAAUCCGGGACGAUGUGGCCACCAUUGCGUGCGGGAUGGCUCUUCCCGCUACGUUCCGUUGCUCUGUGGGGUGGGUUCGCCGUGCCAUGCGGCGCCACGGCAUUCGUUACUGCAGCGCCACUAGCAAGGCCUCCGACCAGGAUUACGCGGCCGUGCAUACGUGCAAGGAGCAGCUGCCGAAAUUGCUCAUAUAUCUCUCAGUCCGCCCGCGCGACGUGUUCAACUUUGACGAGACGGGUCGCAUCCUGUCGAUUUUGCCGCGAAAGACCUACAGCGGUGCGCGUGUGGCGCGGCGUAAGCUUGCGAAGGAUCGCCUCACGGUUGGCCUCCUCGUGAACGUGGAGGGCAGCCACGUCUUCCUGCCCCUGAUUAUGUGUAAGGCGAAGAGGCCUCGGGAUUUUCUUCCCGAUUACGAUGGCUCACCAUUGAACCUGUUACACUCAACCGUCAUUCCGUUUUACCGAAGGGAUUUUGUUCCUUAUUUGUUCACACAUUUUAUCGAGCAGCUCAACGCCGCCAUGUACGCGGAGGACCGUAACAUCGUGGUCCUCCUCGACAACGCUAGUAGCCACAAUCUCAGGAGCGAAGAUGCAACCUCCGAAGACCUUUUCGGCUUCCGCACACGCUUGCUCAGCAAUGUGCGGCUCGUCUUCCUGUCGCCCAACACGACGACCUUCACGCAGCCGCUCGACCAGGGGCUUAUCGCAAUGACGAAAGCCCGCUACCGUCAGCACUGGCUGCGUGCACUCACUGCGUUGUGGCAGGAUGCGAGCGCGACGAGCGUCCUGGCACGAUUCCACCUGAACGUGCGCGACGUCAUCGCGUGGCUCUCGGACGCAUGGAUGAACGUCCCCGCGUACCAUUCAGAGGUAUUGGUGGCGCACGGGGUGUCUCCCGCAUUCGUGGGCCAUGGAACUCGCGCACGUGGGCGCGGCCGGCCUCUGCACCAGCGCGCCAUGCCAGCCGCCGAGUUCGUCGCGGUCGACGACGACGUGCCUACGUGCGUCGAACCGGGCGAGGACCCGCUCGCACUGGAGCCCACUACGGCGUAUUCGGGAGCAUCGUGGGAGGCGCCCGCCUCCAUGCAGGAGGUGUACGACGACGACAACCCAGAGAGCCGCGAAGCUCGGCGUUAUGCAAGGGUGGCAAGCGAGAUGCUCAUUGGCUACGCACGGGCCACUGGCAUCACGCCGCGCAACCUGUGCGCGCUCUUCGAGAUCAAGAACCCCAUGAUAGUCGACCACAUGGAGCGCGCAAGCCCCGCGCUAAACAUGAACACGACGCCGCCGCCCGCACCCCUGCCUGCCGCGUCCCCUACGGCCACGGCAGCACAUGUAUGUGCCGCCACUACACAGGCGACCACUCCUCGUCGCCGCGGGCGCGUUUUGCCUGCGUGGAUGUAUGCGCCUGCUCCAACCUGCCAGCAGCUGAUUGACUCUGGCGUGCCUGCUGUCAUGAACGGCUAUGUUGAUGCCGCAGAGUGGAUGACUCUGUGA